GCGGGGCGGGUGGUGGGGCGCGAUGGCGCCUGCACCACCGCCCGGUGUGAGUCAGCCGGGGGGGGCUCUGACGUAGGCCCCACCGCCGCCGUCGCCAUGGAGGCCUGCCCGGGCCGCGGCGGCGGGGAUGCUCGGCCGCCGGUUCCCCGCAGGCCGGGCUGCGGCGGGCGGGCGGGCGGGCGGCAUCCCCCGGGGCGUGAGCCCCCCGCGCACCCCCCAGUCCCCGCACAGGCGGCCGUGACGCGGCCCGGCGGUGGCCCGGCGGGGAGGAGCCUCCUUCUCUCCGCUCCCCGCCAUCGCCAAACUUUCCGCUCGCUCCACGGCCGCCGGCGCUGCCUCCCCUCGCACAUGGCACCCGCGCCGCGGGGCUGAGCCCUGCCACCCCCCCACCCCCCCCCCAAAAACCCCCGGAGCCGGGGUCCCGCUGCCGCCAUCCCCACCGCCAUCCCCACCGCCAUCCCCGGGGCCGGCGGCUUUUGGCACGGCGCGGGAGGACGGGGCAGAGCGGCGAGUGGCGGCGGGAGGGAGCGGAGCCGGUGCCCAUGUGCCUGCGGUCCCGGCGGGGCGAUGAAGCAGCGAUGACGGCCACCGAGGCGACCCUCCGACCCUGGAAACCUGACCCGGGGCAGGCGGAGGGGGGUCGGCCACCCCCGGGGCCGUCGCUGCCCCUGACCCUCACCGUCCUGGCCUGGCUGGGCACCGGCACCACCAUGGCCGGCCUCAACAAAUGGAUUUUCGCCAUCCACGGCUUCCGCUACCCGCUGCUGCUGUCGUCCCUCCACAUGCUGUCGGGGGUGGCCGUGGGGUACCCGCUGGGCUGGGCGCGGGGACCACCGUCGCCGCCGGCCCCCCGGCCCCGCGCCAGGAUCUACCUGCUCAGCCUCACCUUCAGCACCAGCGUGGCGUUGGGCAACCUGGGCUUGAGCUCCGUGCAGCUGGACGUGGCGCAGGCGGUGGCCACCACCACCCCGCUGGUCACCCUCCUGCUGUCGGGGCUGCUGGGGGGCCGGCGGCACCACCCGCUGCAGUACGCCGCCCUGGGGCCCGUCUGCGCCGGGGCCGCUUGCAGCAUCGCCGGCGGGCUCCGCUUCCACCAGCCCGGCUGCGGCUUCCUCCUGGCCGCCACCGUCCUCCGCGCCCUCAAGUCCAUCCAGCAGAGUCUGCUGCUGCAGGAGGACCGGCUGGACGCCCUCUCCCUGCUCUGCCUGACCUCCCUGCCCAGUUUCUGCCUGCUCUUCGGGGCGGCCGUGGCGCUGGAGGUGGGUCCCUCCUGGGAGGACGUCCUGCGCUACGACAGCACCCUCUGGGCCUGCGUCCUGCUCAGCUGCCUGGCCUCCGUCCUCUACAACCUGGCCACCUUCUGCGUCCUCUCCCUCACCUCCGCCCUCACCGUCCACGUCCUGGGCAACGUCACCGUGGUGGGCAACCUGCUGCUCUCCCGCCUCCUCUUCGGCAGCCACCUGAGUGGGCUCAGCUACCUGGGCAUCGGGCUGACGCUGGCCGGGAUGUUCAUGUACCACCAGCCGGACCUCAUCGCUGCGCGCUGGGCGGCACGGCCGGGCCGUGGCCCCCCCCGCCGGGAUUAGGGUCCCCCCCCGGGGUCAGGGGGUGCACGGGAAGCCCGGGGGGGGGGGGGGGGGCUGCGGGGUGUGGGUGAGCACAGCUCUAGGGGGGGCACACGUGUGCCGGCGCGCGUGGCCCUGCGUGCACACGCGUGUCCAUGUGUAUGGUUUCUGGGCGCACAGGUGUUUUCGGGUGUGCCCAGCCCCGUACGUGCGUGUGCCGGUUCGCACCGCUCCGCGUGCGCACGGGCGCUGGGUUGCACGGCCCCGCGUGCUGGCGUGCACGAGCUCGCUGUGCACACGUGUUGUGCGCGCCGCCCCGCGCACGUCCGUGUGCCGCCGUGCACGGCGCUCCGUGCGCGCGCGCGCGCGUGGCGGGGCGUGCGCAGCUCUCUGCACGCGCGCGUGCUGAUGUGCGCAGGCUCUGCGUGUGCAAGCGGGUCUGUGUGCGCGGCCCGGUGUGCGUGUGAGCGUGUCUGGGUGCGCACAGGCUCCGCAUGCGUGAGUGGGUCUCUGCGUGGGGCUCUGCGUGCAUGGGGGCACGUGUGUGCUGGUGUGUGCAGGCUCCGCGUGUGCAAGCAGGUCUCAUGCGUGCGGGCAUGUGUGUGUUGGUACAGACCCUGCGCGUCUGUGUGCACAGCUCGGUGUGCACGUGGGCAUGCACGUGCUGGUGUGCGCCGGUUCUGUGUGUGCAAGUGUGUGGCCGUGUGUGCAGAGCCUCGUGUUUCGCUGUGCACAGGCUCUGCGUGUGCAAGCAGACGUCACGCGUGGGGGGCGGGUGCGUGCUGCUGCCCACAGGUACUGCGUGCGCGAGCGUGUCUGUGCAGAGCCCGAUGUGCGAGCGUGCACAGGUGUGUUGGCGUACACAGCCUCUGCCUGCAUGCGUGCGCAGGUUCUGGGCGUGCAAGUGCACCUCCAGAUGUGCACAGCUCUGUGUGUGUGUGGGGGGGGGGGGGCUGACGGGUACCGGUGUGCACGCAGGCUCCGUGCAGGGGAGCAGGUACCUGUGUGCAUGUGCAGCUCCGUGCACCGGCCCUGCACACGUGUCCCCGUGUGUGUGCACCGGCCCUGCACGUGUGUCCCCGUGUGUGUGCACCGGCCCUGCACACGUGUCCCCGUGUGUGUGCACCGGCCCUGCACGUGUGUCCCCAUGUGUGUGCACCGGCCCUGCACACGUGUCCCUGUGUGUGUGCACCGGCCCUGCACGUGUGUCCCCGUGUGUGUGCACCGGCCCUGCACACGUGUCCCCGUGUGUGUGCACCGGCUCUGCACGUGUGUCCCCGUGUGUGUGCACCGGCCCUGCACGCGUGUCCCCGUGUGUGUGCACCGGCCCUGCACGUGUGUCCCUGUGUGUGUGCACCGGCCCUGCACACGUGUCCCCGUGUGCACGCGCAGGCUGGGCACGCUCGGGGACGUGCCUGUGGAUACAGGACUCUGCGCAUCCGACCGCUGUCCCGCCUGGGGAAACACAGCAGCGUGCGUGCGUGCGUGCGUGCGUGUGUGUACGUGCACACGUGAGCGUGUUUGCACGUGUGUGUGCGCCACUACUGAGCUCUGCUGGCUGGAGUAAACCCGGGGCUGCACAUACGCAGUUCUCGAGGCUGAAACGUCCAAGGGCAGGGCGGGUGAGUGUCCCCUCUCCUGUCCCCAACCCCACCGUGUCGUGCCGAUCCUACAGGGAUCCCCUGUGGUGGUGCCGGUGUUGUCCUUGUCCCCGCUCUGCCCUCCCGGCCGCCACGGCCCCGGCCCCAUCCCUCCCAGCUUCCCGUGGCUGGAGCUGGCAGGUGCGGGCACGGCUGCCUGCCCGUCCUCGGCGCUCCGUUGCAGAGAUGGCGAGAGCCCAGCAAAGGGGACGGGGGCAGCUCAGACCCCCCCCCUCUCUCCCUGCCAUCACCCUGGGACGGUGCUGGGAUGCGGCAGGGCACACGCUCGCCUUGGCAAAGGGACCGUCUCGGCGUGCGAACGCCCCGGCACCGCCGCCGGCACCCACGUGCGGGCACACGGCGUCCGUGGUGGCUGCUGCCGCGCUCACCGCCGCCGCGCCGGGGCCGAAGGACCCAGCUCGGAUUGCACUUGUCCCGAAAUAAAGCUCUAUUUUUGUCGUACUCCA